AAACAACCGGGCAGCUGCUUCCUGUUUCCCCGUCCUCAGUCAGCUGAUAACAGUUGUUUGCAAACAUCUCCAUCCGGCGUGUGCAUGGUCUCAGCUGCGUUCUCUGCGGUCCUGUAGCUCCUCCGCGAUGGGGGACAACGAUGACAGCGAGAUCAUAGAGCACCACGUCGACGAGGAGAUGGAGAAGAAAGGCACGAGGAGCCACGCAGCCUCCUCCUCGUUCCUGGAGAGCGUCACUCCAUCCGACAGGGAGGGCAACAGCGGCACCCAGUCCUCCCACAGACUGCUGGCCUACAGCGAUGCCCUCGUCUCCAUCAUCGCCACCGUCAUGAUUUUACCCGUUGCCCAUACAAAGGUGGAAGAUAAUGAGGAGUUGAGGGAGAGUUUUCAGCUUCUGCUGACAACAAAGAUUGCUGUUUACUUAAUGACAUUCCUGAUUGUGACUGUUGCAUGGGCUGCUCAUAUCAGAUUAUUUCAAGUGAUUGUACGCAUUGAUGACUGCCUUGCACUGCUGAAUCUUGCCUGCAUGAUGCUGAUAACCUUUCUACCGUACACAUUCUCUCUGAUGGCGACCUUCCCUAAAAACGUCCUCGGGAUUUUACUGUUCUGUGGUUGUGUGAUGGUGAUGGGCGUCAUUCAGUCGGUGAUUGUGUUGUACGCCUUCAGCCGUCCCUUCCUGCUGAACGAGCAGAUCCAGAUCUCAGAGAACCAAACCUUCUACAAACACCACAUCCUCAAAGUCAUCAUGCGGGUUCCCCUCAUGUGCUUCUUCGCCAGCAUCUUCUCCUUCAUCUUCUUCCCGCUGUCUUACAUGCUGUUGGCAAUUGUCAUCUUCCUGCCGUACAUCUCCCAGAGUUUGAAGUGGUGUCGCAGCAAAGCAAUAGGUCAGGUGGAGGAGACUCCAGACUCCAUGUUGUUUUACACCUACCUGCCUAACGAGCCCCUCAGUAAGGACAGAGUGGAAGCUUUCAGUGAUGGAGUUUACGCCAUCGUAGCAACACUUCUCAUCCUGGAUAUAUGCGAAGACAACGUUCCUGACCCAACCGUUGUGCAGAACCAGUUUGGCGGUAGCCUGAUAGCAGCUCUGCAGGUCUACGGCCCAGAGUUCCUCGCUUACUUUGGUUCCUUCGCCACAGUAGGCCUUCUUUGGUUUGUGCACCACUCGCUCUUUCUCCAUGUCACCAAGACAACUCGCUUUAUGGGCCUCCUGAACACAUUCUCACUGGCGUUUGUUGGAGGUUUGCCUUUAGCCUACCAGCUAACACACGAAUUCCCACACAACUCUCGCAACGAAUUGGAAGCCAUUCAGAUUAGCUGUGUGAUCAUUUUCUUUGCUGGUAUAUUCCAGCUCACUAUUUGGGUGGUCGCUCUUUACAGUGAACAGGAAACUCUGCAUCCUUAUGUACGAUAUGGCGGGCGUGAGCAUGUGUUUAUGCUAGCCAAGCUAGCUCUGUACCCCUGUGUAGCUCUGGGGACAUUUUUCCUAACAUGUAUUUUGAGUAAAUUUAGCGCCCAAAUUUUCCACCUGAUGGAGAUUACAGUGCCUUUUGCUUUUCUUGUGUUGAGGCUGUUGGUGCGUGCCGGGCUAGCUUUGCUGCGACUAAUUUUCUGUCCCGAUAGGCGACCCAGGUCUGUUGUAGAAGAGGAAGACGACGAGACAAGAGUGCCAUUCAAUGCCUUAGUCACCUAGCUAGCUUGAAGGGAAGUGGCAAAAAAAAAA